AUGAAACUUGCUCCUAUUAACACCGUUGGGAACGCCCACGACGAUUCGGUGUGGACGGCGGCGUGGGUUCCAGCCACCGAUGUCUCACCGCCGCUUCUCCUGACUGGGUCCCUUGACGAGACUGUCCGCCUGUGGGACCCUGAGGGUCCCCAGAAGCUCCAGACUAACACCGGUCACUGCCUAGGUGUGGUCUCCGUGGCCUCCCACCCCUCUGGCAGAAUCGCCGCCUCUGCCUCGAUCGACAGCUUUAUUAGGGUUUUUGAUGUUGCCACAAAUAAUACUAUUGCAACCCUCGAGGCUCCCCCCUCUGAAGUCUGGCAACUGCAGUUCAAUCCCCAGGGGACUGCACUGGCAGCAGCUGGAGGUGGUAGUGCAUCAGUGAAGCUGUGGGAUACUGCUCAAUGGCAAUUGACUGCAACACUAUCAGUUCCCCGACUAGAAGGCUUGAAACCCUCCGAGAAAACUGGCAGCAAGAAGUUUGUUCUCUCAGUUGCAUGGAGCCCUGAUGGUACACAAAUUGCUUGUGGUUCAAUGGAUGGAACCAUCUCUAUUUUUGAUGUGAUGCGCGGAAAAUUUCUACACCACUUGGAAGGCCAUAGUAUGCCUGUUCGAUCUCUUGUGUAUUCAUCAGCACCUCUUGAUGCAAGGGUUCUCUUUUCUGCCUCAGACGAUGGCCAUAUCCAUGUCUAUGAUACGGAAGGUAAAACCAUGAUUUCAUCUUUGUCAGGCCACACUAGCUGGGUUUUGAGUGUGGAUGUGUCCCCAGAUGGAAUGGCUAUUGCAACAGGCUCGAGUGACCGGACUGUUAGGUUGUGGGAUCUUAAAAUGAGGGCGGCUACCCAGAUAAUGACCAGCCACACAGACCAGGUCUGGUCAGUGGCAUUUGGACCUCCAUUAAAGACAGACGUUAGGUCUUGUCUGCUUGCUAGCGUGUCUGAUGACAAGAGCUUGUUGUUCUAUACAUAUUCUUGA